AUGCCAAUUCCAGAAUCGAAAGGUGAUCUUCAACGAUUCUUGGGUAUGGUGAAUUAUCUGGGUAAAUUUGUCCCCAACCACUCACAAACCACCACUCCGCUUCGUGAAAUGCUCAAGAAAGAUGUUCAUUUUGACCUCCAGCAACCACAACUGGACGCCAUCCAAGAGCUGAAACGUUUGGUCACAUCACCUCCAUGCCUCAAGUUUUAUGAUCCAAACCUGCCUACUCGAUUGAAACCUGACCCAAGUGCUGAUGGUCUUGGUGCCCUCCUUGAACAAAACCAUGGUUCAGACGAUUCUCCCCAAUGGUUCCCCAUUGCCUAUGCAUCUAGAGCAUUGUUACCAUAUGAAAGGAACUAUGCACAAAUCGAAAAAGAAGCCCUCUCGAUUGUAUUUGGAACGGAACGCUUUCAUGAGUACCUCUACGGUCAUCACUUCACUGUAUUCAAUGAUCAUCAACCACUCAAGUCAAUCUUCAGUAAAUCCAUCACUCAAUGUCCACCAAGAAUACAGCGCUAA